AAAAAAGGAGGCGGUGUCUGGUGACCGAGGAGGAGGAGAAAACUCCCGGUCCGCUCGUCCUCGCUUCUCCCUUUUUGCCGUCAAUCCUACAAGCAGUCGGGUGCUACCGGAGUGCCCGGGGCCGUGGACUUAUUCUCCCCCGGGAAUCAUCAGCAUUGGACACCAACGAACUCUCCCAGAAGAUGUUCUUCUUUCUGCUACCUGUCGUGGCUCUCUUGCUGAGCAGAGAAACGGCGGUCUCCGGUAACAGUAACGACAAAUGGCUGAGCACCGUGGCUCAGUACAAGGACAGAUCCUGGAACAGAUUCAGAGAUGAUGACUACUUCAAAAGCUGGGCUCCUGCCAAGUCUUUAGACCAAGAGCGAGAGGCCGAACCUGAUAGAUAUGGAGACCCGGGAACUAAAGCCCACCCCGGCUUAGCCAAGAAGACAGUACAGGACGGCCCAGAUGCCACCAAGGAUCCAUGUCUGAAGGUGCGCUGUCCUCCUCACAAGGUGUGUGUCAGCCAUGACUACCAGACAGCCGUCUGCACCAAUCACAAGCAGCCAGCUCACAGUGUGAAACCCAGGAAAGGUAGUGUGGGCCACAAGCAAAGGCUUGAAGCCGGUCCUCAUGGGAAAUGUAGGCUCUGCUCGGCCCUCCACUCAACUCCUGUGUGUGGAUCUGAUGGGCACACCUACUCCUCUAAGUGUAAGCUGGAGUUCCACAGCUGCCUCUCUGGAAAGACGAUCUCAGUAAAAUGUGAUGGGCUGUGUCCCUGUCUGCCUGGUCUGGAGUUCGGCAGUCCACCACACAAGACUGAGAAGGCUGCCUGCACUGACACAGAGCUUCACAGUCUGGCUGCCAGACUGAAGGACUGGUUUGGAGUUCUCCACCUCGACGCCAACAGAGAUCUGAAAUCCUCUGACAGCUUUGACUCUGCCACUGGACACUUUGACACCAGCAUUUUGCCCAUCUGUAAGGACUCGCUGGGCUGGAUGUUCAACAAGCUAGACAUGAACUUUGACCUCCUGCUGGACCAAUCAGAGCUGAGCGCCAUCUACCUUGACAAGUAUGAGCUGUGCAUGAAGCCCCUCUUCAACUCCUGUGACUCCUUCAAGGACAGCAAGCUGUCGAACAACGAGUGGUGUUACUGCUUCCAGAAACCUGAGGGACUGCCUUGCCAAACCGAGAAGAGCAGGAUCCAGAAUCAGAGUCGAAGGAAGAGCCUCAUAGGCUCUUAUAUCCCUCGUUGCACUGAGGAGGGCUACUUCAAACCAACCCAGUGUCAUGGCAGCACUGGCCAGUGUUGGUGUGUGGACAAAUAUGGCAACGAGAUCGCCGGCUCUAGAAAACAAGGCAACCCUAACUGCGACGAGGACCAGGAGACAUCAGGGGAUUUUGGCAGCGGCGGUGCAGUCAUUCUCCUCGACGACCAGGAGGAGGAGCCAUCGCAGAGCGUCCGGAGCCGGCAGAAGAAGAGACGGGGCCGGAUCCACCCAAGAGGAGCCAUCGAGGACGACGAGGAUGAGGAAGACGACAAGGAUGACGAGAUCGGCUAUGUUUGGUAGCUCCGCUUCAUUUUACUCUGCCAUCAGCCGACCAGGAAACUCCGUUAACUCAGCACAGAUCUGAAGCCAUUCCAAUGUCUCCUCCUCCAGUUACCUUGGCAGCAGUCCAUUUUUUGGCUCCAGAACUUGCUCCUGUAAUCCCUGUCCCUUAUCCAAAUCUCUCUCUUCAGUGAACCUCGCCGACCUCUUCCUUUUCAAGUGUUUCCUCAGACAGAAAACAGAGAGCCUAUUAGAUUUCAACAACAACUGUCAAGCCCCAGUUAGAUUCUGCUCAAGCUGUCCACGUUCUGCUUCCACCUUCCCUCAAACCUGCAAUCUUUAACCUCUUCUCCCAUGGACACUUCUCUGUUUUCUCUACUACUCCCUCUAUCUCCUUUCACUUAUUCCGUCCCUCCUCUAUCUCUGUAUGUCCAUGUCAGAGCCUCUGGUCAGUCUGUGAGCCCAGAUACAUUAGCUGAUGUAUUGGAUGUAAAUAUGUUUCCUCCAGGAAGGCCAGAAUGGGGAUUACAUUCCCCGUAUCUAAGUCAGUGGUUCAUUCUCAUGGUCUGUGUCCCACCGUCGGGCUCCUUCCAGUGUUCAUCAAUGUUUCCACAAAUCACCGCCACGCGCCCAGGCUCUGAGAUGCUCCCUCUCUCUCUCUCUGUUAUUUCAUGGAGGAUUGUAAAUUAUUUAAUCGUUGAUCUUGAAUGUCCCAGAAAGCCCAGGAAGCAAUGAGAUUAAUGAUGUAUUGUCGUUGUUGUUGCAUGUUUCUCAUCGUGUUUCUGUAAAAGAGAGAUUUUACUUGGCCAGGUCUAGCUCUAUGCAUCUCAAACAGAAAGUGAUGCCUAUUUGGCUGCUACAAUACUUUGUUGCUAUGUUGAUGCUGUCUAGUGUCUUUUUUGGUUCUUCUCCCAAUCUCAGGAGGUAGGAAGUUGCAUUGCAGAGCGAUAGCAGUGUAGAAAAGCGAACUGCAAGGCCUUCAGUCCAAAUCUGCGGCGUCUCAGCCAGCUAUUCUUUUACUAAUUGAUCGGUAGGGCUGCUCAGGCUGUUUGACUGUGCAUGGACACUAGAGGAAGAAGCUGCUCCUGAGCUGGGAGGACACAUGAAGCCGGGGGAGCAGAGAAGAGGCUCUGUUCUGCCUCCCAACAUCGGAUAUGUUCAGUGAUUUGAAAUUGAAAUCUUCACCAUGUCAACUAAGUGAACUUUUAUUUGUAACUUUGAAAAUUUAAGUAAAGUGGCACUUUGGGUGUCUUUUGAACCUUA